AACUCGACGUUUCAAUAUACAUUAGUACUGAUAGACAUUGAGGAAUUUAUAUCUCGAGUUUCUAAAUUUAUUUAGCGAUGGCUGAGAAGUGUGGAUCAGAGAAAGCAUCAAGCUCUUCACCGAACCUGAUAUGUCCAUUAUGUCUUGAUAUAUUUGUCGAGGCGACAAUCCUAACUUCAUGUGGACACACAUUUUGUAGGCGAUGCCUUAAAGAAUACGAUCUAACCCACCAGGCCCUUGAUCACAUGGUCUGUCCUCUCUGCAGGGAGAUCACCAAGUUAUCCACCAACCGUGUCGAUGAUCUCCGUCUCAAUGUCUCCAUCAACGGAUGCGUAGACGAUUACCACGCCAAGUGUGGAGGGAUGAAUGCUGUCCUCGAGAUGCGACCAAAAUGUUCUGGUUGCAAGCUUCAAGGAGAUGCUGUCUCAUUCUGCAGAACCUGUAAUAACUACAUAUGUGAUAAAUGUUUGCAAUGUCAUCAAUAUCUGUCAGUCUUUGAAGAUCAUGAGAUUGUCUCCAUGGAUGAUGUCAUCGAAGGUAAGGUCAGCAUUGGUCAUUUAUUCGAGAAGUGCUCCAUCCACAAACCAGAGAACAAGGAUAUGUUUUGUGAGGACUGUAAGGUCCACGUCUGUCACAAGUGCGUACUUGUUGGUCAUAAAGCUCAUGAAAUCAAGAACCAGGUUGACUUUGAGCAGGAGUUGCGACGGAAGGUGACAGACCUUGCCCAGCGAUGUGCUGACAAGAAAGCAGAGCUGGAAAAGAACAUUCAGAACAUAGAAAUACAACGUCAUGAGGUACACACUGCAGUGCAGACACUACUAGAUGAUGUCAGGCAAGCCUACAGUAUCAAGGCCAAGGAGCUGGAAGAAAAUCUUCGAAAUCUCACCGACCAAAUACAUGCCUUACAGCAUAGUUUUGAUGACGACCUCAAUGUCUUGAAGUCAAAAGAUCGCCAGAGGAUCAAGAGUAUUUGUAGUUCAAUUACUUUGGUAGAUAAUGACAGACUGGGUCAUCUUGAGACAGACACUCUAUCUGCUCAUAUCUUGCUCUGUGAGGAGCUGGAUGCCAUGCUGAAGGAGGUUACUGAUCACACUUCUGCGGAAGCUAUUAGGAAGAAAGCACAGGAGAAGAGGUUCAAACCAGCAGAGGAUACUCGUCUUGACCUCGGGAGCAUCUCAGGAUCAGAUCCCAAGAUGGAAGUCAUUCAGUGUGUUGAUCUACGGGAAGGGAUGUACGGUAUGGCACCGUACUCCAAUAGCACUGUCGCUAUCGGGUAUGGGGGAUAUGCACAAGGUAUUGAUAUCAUUGAUUCAAAUGGUGGUAAGCAGCGAUAUAGUAACAUAUUAGCCUUAAAUGACAUGAAUUGUUAUGAUCUGGUUGUGCAACGGGAUGGGGCGUUAUGCGUGUCGACUGGUUAUACAGAAGCCUACAUCUAUUCUUCCCUUGGCUCCAGGAAAGCAACAAUCCACGUGAGAAACAAGAGAAGUUUUCUCAGCGUUAACAGAAGUCCAUCAGAUGAAAUCAUCAUUACUAACAAUGGAAAACAAGUCUAUAUCUAUAACCCGACAGGAUCCACCCUCAAACACACUCUUCAAACAAAGCACGAUACGGAGCAGGCAUCUAUCACCAGGACGGGUUUGAUCGUCACGAGUUCAAGUUAUGCCGAUCCAUGCGUCACGGUCUAUGACAGGGAUGGGAAUGCUGGUGAGUCUCUACAAGCUCCAGAGGAUGUCUACCUGUAUGCUGCCGUGGAUGAGCAGGACAGGGUGUAUGUAGCGAGUGUUGAUAAGGAGAAUAAUAACGUCGUGAUCAGGCUCUAUGAUCUUGAUGGUCUGAACCUGAAGGAAAGAGUUGAGUUCAAUGCACUUGAUAUGACAUUGGAAGAUGAGUGGUGUUUCUUGAUUUCCCUCUCCCCAGACAUGCUCGCCUUUGCUUGUGACAAGAAGUUAUAUUUCAUCAAAGUAUCACUGUAAUCCACGUUAUAUCACACCAUGUAAUAUGGAAACUGACAUGCUUUCAUCCUGCUACAAAUCUACUUUAACACGUGUCGAUAUUCAGUAUUACAUGUUUAUUACUGACCAUGUGAUAUCUUCAUCCAAUGAUAGAAUCACUUAAUUUGAUAUAGAUACAAUACAAUUUAAUUUGUAGAAAAUAUGUUUAUUUUGGGAAAAAAAGAACAUGUGUCACAGCCAGAAACUGGAUAAAACACGUAAAUUUUAACAUUUGGUUUGAAAAUAAAAUAGUUUUCAUGAUUAAUACGAGUAAAGGAAUUAGUUAAUAAAUAAUACACGUUAUGUUACACAAAUUUUAUGUGUAUUUGAAAUACUAUUUAGACUGCAACAAACAUAGGACUAUCAUGCUUACUAUUGUGAUUUUCAAGUGAUAAUUUCAUAAUAAAUUACUAACUUAAAACAAAAAUAUAUUUAAGUAUUUAUUGAGAAUAUAACAAAGUAAUCAGGAAAUGUAAUUAAAACUAAAUCAAGAGAAAGCUAUCAUACAUACUACUGAAAAUAUUUAGAGUGCACAAGGGGCAUAAACGGAAAAUAAGCAGAAAGAGUACACUCUACUACAGUGUUGGACCAUUUUCUCUCCAUUCAUGCGAAAUGUUCGUACCAUGUCCAUCAUAAUUACCUGUUCGCUAUUUCCAUAUUAUUCAGUUAAAUUAUUGUGGAUGAUUGAAUGAUAAGAUCCUUCCAUUUGGACCCUCUAGAAGUUUCUUGCUCUUUAUUUUCGGAAAGGGAAAUACAAAAUGUAUAACAACCUCUGAUAACAAUUUAUUUGGGGGGGAACAACAUUUGUCGAUAAAAACUUAUCUUUUUGAAAGGUCUUCUUUCAGAGUAGUCUUGAAAAUAUUGCAUUUUAUUUUCCUUUCUUCUCAGAAUGUUUACAAGACUGAAUAAGUUCUGUCCUCCUUGAAAUUGUCAUUAGUCCCUCUGAAAAGGAAUUGAAGUAAUGUAAUAGUAAUUGGUAUAUUAGUGAACAGGUGGAGAUAUGAUAUAUAAUUUAUUCAUAUAUUAGUGAACAGGUAGAGAUAUGAAUAUAUAAUUUAUUCGUAUAUUAGUGAACAGGUGGAGAUAUGAAUAUAUAAUUUGUUCGUAUAUUAGUGAAUAUGUGGACAUAUGAAUAUAUAAUUUAUUCGUAUAUUAGGGAACAAGAUGGAUAUAUGAA